AUGGCCCGGUUCGGCUCGCUCAUGAUCCUGCUCGGUUGUUUACUGAUCCUCCCCGGGCGCUCUGCCGCUCGCUGCCUGAACGCGACGGAGCUGCAGCGCUCCCAGCAGCGCCUCGAAAGGACGUCCUGGACGUUCCCUCACGUGACGACGCCGCAGCACGCGCCCACCUGCGCACAGGUGGCCGAAAUGCUGCCUAAGGACACAGCGGGCCGCUCCCUGUCCCCGUGGAGCUACAGGCUGGACCGGGACGACAACCGGUUUCCUCAUGAGAUCCCCGUCGCCAAGUGUCUCUGCGAAGGCUGCAUCAUCAACCAGCGCGAGGACGUGAACUACAACUCGAAGCCGGUGUUCGUCUGGAGGAACGUGCUGAGGAAGGAGCCCUGUCCAGGAGACCCGACCAGAGUCCAGGUCAGCAAGGAGAAGUUCAAAGUCGCCGUCGCCUGCACCUGCGUCUGGCCUGAAAAUGUCCGACGCUAACCAAGCAUCGGCCAGCAUGCUGGUAAACGUCUCUGAACUGUCGCAUUUCCAACAUUUACAUCAGUACACCAUUCAGCUUGCAGGUACAAAAUGUUUUCUCCAGGGAGGGACUUCUGUCAGCCAUGUUUUAGGGAGGGGGGGGCAGAACGAGGGCCAGUCCAUCCAUUUUGUCAAUCCUUCCUUCAGCGCCACCAUGAGGUUGAUGUUUUUUGUCAUCUUUUGAAAUGUCUGGACAGUACAUGAAAGAUGGACGAAGCCUUAAAGCUGCAUUUGUUCUAACGGCCACCAGGGGGCGACGCCUCCGCCAAAGGAAGUUAGAAUGUACAGAUCAGAAAAUGAAGCUGCUUACAACUCGAUUAAUUACCUCAAAGAACAUUUUCCUGAUAAGUUUAUGGUCUCAGCCGCUAGUUUCAGCUCUCCUUUAAUUCAUCAGGAUGUUCAUUUAGUAAACGAUGAUCCCAUUUAGAGGAAAACGGACGGCGAACAGGGUAUGAAACUCAAUGCAGAGGACCACAUUCUGCCAAACAAAAACAGUCUUCAGUGCAGACGUCCAGAAUCCCACCAGGAUGAAUGACUCUACUGUGAAUUCUCAUCAAAUACCUGAAAAAAAAAAAGCAGUUUUAGCUGUACUGUCUUUAGUGCUAAUUAGCAUAUAUUAGCAUGCUAAUGAGUGCACCCAGGUCAGCAUGUUUGCUUUGUCGUUUUGACAACAAGUCAUCAACUUAGAGGUUUUAGAUCAAGAGUUCGACCCGUAACGACCCGCGUGUUUCUUAUCAGGAUGAUCAGUGACAAAGAUCAAUAACCGAUCUUUGAAACUGAAAUACAUUUCCGAGUGUCAAAGUUUUGCAUUGCCCAAACUCCAACUGAAAAUCAUUGUUUGUUUAUCCUGUAGGCGUUUAAUCAACUAGGAACGUAUUGACAUUUGAUUGGCUGUUGAUCCUAACGUACAACCAACCAGAUAGCACGCUAACACACUUCUUUACAUUGCUGCUGUUGGUGUUAUUUUAGAUAUUAUCCAUCUCUAAAUCUAAAUUACACAAUAGUUUCUAAACAAUACAGAACUGGACAUACCAAGUCCGCACACACGGGCAACCGCUUCAACUGCAGUAACACCUAAAUGUCAAACCUGAUGACCUGAAAACACUACUGUGGUUAUUGAGCUACAAGACAAACCAUUUCUCUCGCCACAGAUGGACAUAUAGCUCAGGGUAUUUGGACUUUAUGACUGUGCGAAAUGAUUUAUCUCAGGUUACGUGAAAUUUUUCUUAUCUUUGAACCAGAUAAAAGCAGCUUCAUACAAACUGGCACGAAUCACUUUAUGGCGAAACACGAUCACCUUUACCGAGAGGCGGCAGCAUCAGAGCCAAAGUAUUUUAAAUUAGUUUUUUUCAUUAAGAAUCAAUUUUUAAAAUACUAUAGUGAAAAUAAUAAAUACAGAUACAAGUUGGAUGGAAGUGUAAAAAUGCAGAUUUUUCUGAUAAUCUAAUCUAUAAUAGUCUCUUUCUAACCCGUCCAUCCACCCCGACCUCCAGGCCUAUGGCGCGACAGCUGCCCGUUGUCAUCACUACAGCCGCUAGAGGGAGACGUUGACUUUUAGCCUUCUGUCAGCACGUUCAUCAACCCGACCUCCUUCCUGUGCCGACCUCAUGGCUCUGUCGCUGCGUCACCAGACCAGCCACAUGGGGGCGCUGCCAUAAGCUUGUAAUAGCAUGCUAAUGUUAGCAUUUAGCUAAAAUUACCAUUAAUUUCUGUCUCAAUCAAUAAAACAAACACAUCAGGAAAACACAAACAGGAGCGACAUUUCAGAGCCACAGUUGACGCAGUAUGCUAACAGUUAAGAGCUUCGUUAGCGUCAAGUGAGAAACUCCAGCUGCACCAAAAGGCAGCAUCAACUAUAAUCCCAUGCUGCUCAGUUAUUCUGUUCAAUACUUCUUAGAUUAACACUAGAAAUGCAACGCUUCCUUUCCAUUAACCAGCUAACAAUACAAAUCAUUUCACCUCAGAUAUCUCAGAUUCAUUACGCUGCUCUGCGGUUUGUAGCUAACGCGGUAUAACAGAGCGAGCUGCAGGUUUAACUCAGGUUAAACCUUCCAGGAGAUGCUUUCACACCUUUUUAUAGUCUCCACAUUCUGAUCAAUGUGAAACCAAUCAAAGAUUGUAGGUUCACUUUAGGCCACAAAGGCAACAAGUGAAUAGCUAAGGCCAGCGGCAGCUAGCUUAGCUUAGCUUAGCAUAAGGACUGGAAACAAUAGAAAUUUGCUAGGCUGUUUAGAAUAACUAGACUCUGUUAGAAAGAAGUAGACAAACCACUCUGAUUCUUUCAUAUGAAACUGUGAAUUUUUAUCAUUUUGCAGUUUUCACUACUGUACACACAGAAGCCUGUUUAGUUCAGUGGCUCCCAAACAUUUUCUUUACAAAUAAGACGAUUUUAACGAAAACAGCUGUUUUAGAUGUGGAUCUGCUGUAAUGUGGUCCUCGUGUGUAAUUUUUUAUAUGACAGAUGUUAUGAUACUAAACUUUAUUUCUGUAGCAUCGUUCCAGGCUGGAGUUACUUUAAGGUACUUUUAAAAAGUUUCUACAAGUUGUAGGGACACCAGCACUGAUCAACAUGACGCGGACAAAAACUGAAUUCAUGACACAACUCGCUGUGAUCGUUUUAACUAUUUACUCCUCCUGUAUGGAUUCUGCCUGUUUCGUGAAAUUACAGAUACCAUACAGAAAACUUUAUUCAUUCACAUGUUUACUGUAAAACAACAACAAACAGGUCAAAACUGUAAAUAAAAAUCUGUAUUUUGUAGGAGAUUGUAAUCUGCGCUCCUCCAGGUUUGUCCAUGAAAAUACAUGAGUUUUUUGUUCCAGACUGUAUUCAAACCAGCAAAAACAAAUAUUGUUGCUUCACAGAUAUUUGCUGUUAUUUGAAA